UCUACCGGUCACCACCACCAUUACAGACACAACAUUCACCCACUCCUCAACCCUAUUCUACUGCGGAUCCAGCUUUGGCCACUUCUUCUUUCUAAUUGCGCUCUACCGUCUCUCGUCGCUAUCUCCCCGCCAUGGAUUCAUUAGUCGCCCAGUAUACGCGACCUGCCCACGCCGACGAAGGCCAGUCCUACGAAGAGCAGCAGGAGCUUGCGCGAACCACCCCAGAACUGUCCCUCAAGUUUGCACUACCGCCAGUAGCCCAGUCUUCAUCAUGGCUCCGUGCAAUGACGGACGACUACUCCAACCCGAACUGCCCAAUCAAGAUAGCGCACGGCACAACGACGCUGGCUUUCAGGUUCAAGGGCGGCAUCAUCGUGGCGACGGACUCGAGGGCGACGGCAGGAAACUGGAUCGCCAGUCAGACGGUGAAGAAGGUGAUUGAGAUCAACAACUGCCUGCUCGGUACUAUGGCUGGCGGCGCCGCUGAUUGCCAAUACUGGCUGGCGUAUUUGGGCAUGCAGUGCCGCCUCCACGAACUGCGACACAAGCGCCGCAUUUCGGUUGCCGCGGCGUCAAAGAUCCUCGCCAAUCUCGUCUACUCAUACAAGGGAAUGGGGUUGAGCAUGGGGACCAUGUGCGCUGGGGUAACGCCACAGGAAGGGCCAGCCCUCUACUACAUCGACAGUGAUGGAACACGUCUUGCGGGGAAUCUGUUCUGCGUUGGUUCGGGUCAAACAUUUGCGUACGGUGUGCUUGAUGCCGAGUACAGCUACGAUCUCUCGGACGAGGAUGCGCUCGAGCUGGGUCGCCGGAGCAUCCUCGCCGCGACCCACCGUGACGCCUACUCCGGUGGCUUCAUCAACCUAUACCAUGUCAAGGAAGAUGGCUGGGUCAAGCAUGGCUUCAACGAUACCAACCCAAUCUUCUGGAAGACUAAGUUGGAGAAGGGUGAGUUCUCGAACGUCACUGCGGAUCUGGAGUAAGGUGACCACCGGAGCGGGUCGAGGGAAUACCUGGUAGCGCAUGGGGUUGAGGAGUUACUUGUGCAUUUUGGCA